AUGCAAGAAAAUCACGAAUACAAUUCGGGUCAAAAAGUGGCACCUGGGGUCGCUGCUAAAAAGAUGAUCCCGACACCAUUGGGUCAAAUCAACAAAGGAGGAAGUAAGGGUUCUAUUGGCAAUAACAUUCAUCAUCACCAGGGAGGAGCAUCAGGUUUAAAAUUAGAGCGAAUUAUCGGAAGUACUGUCUAUAAUCAACAUUCAUUCCAAUUACACCCUUCAGCCAUUCCAAUGUCGGGAGCCCUUCCUUUAAUGAUUGGAGGUCACAGUAUGAAUUCUGAAAUUGUGGCCUAUUUGGCAGGAACCUUUGUCGUUCUUUACAACAUUAAGAGAAGUAAGCAAGUGAAAUAUUUAGAGCACCCAACGUCGAACAAACCCUUCAGUUGCAUUGCAUUUUCAAAGGAUGGUCAAUAUUUAGCAGCCGGUGAGAGAGGCCCCAAACCAUCCAUUGCUGUUUGGGAUUUGCAUCAAAUAUUUUCUCCUUCAAUUAACAACAAGGAGAACAAUAAUGACACGAAUGUGACAUUAGAAAAACCAAAAAUCACUUUUGAUGUGAAGAGUAAGGAAAAAGGUCACGAACAUGAGAUUAAGCAAAUUUGUUUUUCCAAAGAUUCCAAAAUGCUCAUAAGUUUAGGUGCUGAAAAUGAAUUGAAAAUCUGGGACCUUGUUCCUGCCUCUGGUCAAUCAUCACCUAGUGUCGGAAAGGGAGAAUUGAAAUUUUCAAAAAAUGUGGACGAAACCAACGAUAUUGCUUUGGCUCCUAAUGAUGACAAUGGUUUCAUAACGGUGGGAAAAGGUUUCGUGAGAUUUUGGUCCUAUGCAAGAACAGCAAAAUCGUCCCUCAUCUCGGUCCGAUCAGUUUUAUGUAACCUCGAUGUGUGGAAGCAAGCAAAUUUUGUUAGUAUUGAAUCAAGAGGAAAGAAUGAACACUCGGAAGUGUAUGCAAUUACUGAAGACGGAAUUCUUUGUAAAAUAGACCCAAAAUGCAAGGAACUACAAAGCUGGGUAAACACCAAAGUCCAAAAAGCCUUCUCCAUGUCAGUCUCCGAUAAAUACAUUGCCACUGCAAGCGCGAAAGGAGUGGUUCGAUUGUUUGAAACCAAAACUCUGCAAUUCAAGAAGACCCUUCCCGAACCACCACCAUCCACCAGUCACAUUACCAUGAAAAGUGUCAAUAAUAUCAACAAUAGCUAUGUCAAGCCUGCUGUAUCGGAGGACUUCAUACCUCCAAGUGCACUUGCUUGCGGCAUUUUCGGUGAAAAGGUUGCUGUCAUGUAUGACGAUAGGAGUUUAUUUGUGUGGGAUAUUUCGAAUCUGUCCUUAAUAUCCAAAUAUAGGUCGUUCAUCAGUCACUCUGGCUGUGUUUGGGAUCUUGAUGUUCUUCCUGUCAAUACAAAAUCAAGUCUUCCACCAGGGACAUUUGCCACUUGCUCCUCUGAUAAUACUAUCAGAUUUUGGAAUAUUGACUCGGAUCAAGAAGAGAAUAUUCGUUCUUCGGUUGCUGGCAAAAGUGCCUUCUGUAAGGAGCUUCUUGCUGUGUUGCACAUUCCUCCCAGUGUUAAGAAUGCUGACGGUGGUAUUCGAAGUAUCAGUUUUUCUCCAGAUGGAUCUGCAAUUAUUUCGGGUGACAAGCAAGGACAUGUAAGAGUCCAUGAUGUGUUCAAUUUUGACCCAAUAUACACGGAGUUUGCACACGAGUCUGAAGUUCUAUGCUUGGACAGCCAUCAACUACCAAACGGAGAUAUCAUUUUUGGCUCUGGCAGCCGUGACCGUAUGAUUCACCUUUACAAAAUGAGCCAUAGAAAUGUGGAUGUUGUACAAACCUUAGAUGACCAUAGCUCCUCUGUUACUUCCCUUAAAUUUAGCUCCACUACCACAAAAGACGGUGAAGUUCUCAAACUAGUCAGUAUUGGAGCAGAGAAAUCUGUGGUAUUCAGAAGGGUUGAGGAUGUUGCUAGUAAGAAGAGCGUUCGAGUUGUACGAUAUCAACAAACUCCAUCACCUUUUUCUGUAUUUGAUUUGGAUGUUGACAUUACUGGAAAAUGGGCAGUAACAGCUGGACAAGGAAAGAGAAUUAACGUGUAUGAUAUUGAAUCUGGAAAAUGCAAACAAUAUAUCGAGACAAAAGACAACAAACCUGUCAAGACAGGAGUUGAUAAUGCAGAUCCAUUGAAGGUUAAACUAUGCCCUGCUGGUAUUAUUGCUGUCACAAGUGCUUCAGACAAACAUUUGAGAGUGUAUUCCUUCUAUCGCAGAAUGCUUAUUUCUAGAGUGAAAGGACAUGCUGAUGUUAUCACCUCAAUAUCUUUUACGCACGAUCUCAAGAGAUUAAUUACUACAUCGGCAGAUGGUUGCAUUUUUAUUUGGUCCAUUGGCACUAAUUUAACCAAACAAAUGAUGGAGAGAAUGGAUGAAUUAGAAAAACUAAAACGAGCAUCAUCCAUGAUGAACAGCCCAGUUCCAUCCGCUCAUCACAUGCAACCUUCUCAACAACCACAACCUCCUACACCCAAGUCGAGCGAUCAUGAUAUCAAAAACGUACCCAUUGCUUUUUCACAGCUUCCUCCACCUCCAUCUGCAAGAGGUUUACCAUCUUCAGAACUCGUAAAGUCUUUGAGCAAACAGCUCUUUGAUUUGGAUCAAAAAGACACUUCAGAACCACAUGAAGAGAAUGAACAACACUCCAAUAAGGCCACUCCAUCUUCACAGCCCAUCUUACGAGACACGUUGCUACCUCAAUGGGCUAAGGGUGCAAGUGCUUCCCCAAAACCUACAGACAAGAAGGAUGACGAAGAUAAACCGCUGUCGAAAUGGGCAGAACGAGUGGUCGAGAAGGAUAACUUUAAACUCAUUGCUAAUGUUGAGGAUGUAGAUCGGUCUCUCAUAUCCAAUAAGAGAGUGCCUACUCCUUCUGACGGCAAUGAUGAUGAUCUUGUGAACUCUGACGAAAUGCUCCAUCAAGAUCAAGGCGCACUUCUUGACAAGCACAAAAACCUUAUUGAAGAUCUGAGCGAUGGUGAAGAUUCGAAUGAUGAAGAUAACAUUAUCAUGUUUCCUUCAUCUGAAAAUAGUUCUGAUACUAGUUUUCAAGUGGCUGAAAAUGAUCACACAGACUUUGUUCAGGAUCAACCUUCCGAAGAAAAGAAUGAAAUCAGUCUUUUGGCUGACAAUUUGAGCAUGAUACCCAAUAAUGGUGAAUCGAUUCAGGUAGGAGAUUUGGAAGCAGUGAGUGACAGUGACGACGAAAGUGACGAUGAAAGUGAGGUAUCUCGAAUGAUUUCCAAAAAAAUGGAAGAUGAUCUUGCCAAACCGGUGACGAUCCCAUCUAUCCUACGUAGUAGCAUUACCUCAUCCUUUAAGAUGAACAAGCAAGAGGAAGAUAACAAUCAAAACUCUCGUGCUGUAAACAAUUUGUUGCAAAAUCCACCAGUGGAUGAAUCUGCAGAGAGGUUUUCCAUCGAUACCAUUUGUAAGAAAUUACGAGAUGCUCAUGAAGACUCACAAAUUGAGAUUAUUGUUGAAGAAAAGCCAGCUGUCAAUACGAAAGCGGAAAUUGAUCGUAAGCUCAACGAGUUUAAAGAAUUCUUAUCCAAACAUGAACCCUAUACAGCAACACAUUUGGAAACUGAGGUUGUAACAGAAUCAGUCAUGAAGACAACUGAUGCUUCAAAGAAUAACCAACCUGAGGUGCAAAAACAGGUUGAAAUCCCUCAAUCAAGAAGCACAGUUACGUCACAGGACACCUCAAGCUCACCCAAAGAUUGUAAAACAAAAACAGAAUGCGCUGGUAUUGUCGAGGUACCUGUUUUCCCAAUGGUAGCUCAUGCAAGCCCACAGUUAGGAAACAAAAUUGAUGAUUCAACCAUUGAAAAUUCACCAUCUCUCAUGAAAAAAGAAUUAUCCUUUGAUAUAACGGAAACACAUUCACAAUUGAUGGAUCAAUCUGACAUGGUUCAAAUACAAACUCCAAGAGAAAAACCAGAACCAUCGAAAGUGACCAAGAUUAAGAACAAUAUUGCAAAAUUGACAUGUGCAUUCGAAGAAACUAUCAAAGAAAUGGAAGAACUUUCAUAUAAUAAUUCUGAUGGAGCUAUGGAAGCGAUUAAUUCUUUCCAAAAGAUGGUUGCUCAAAUGAAUGUCCGAAUGAGUCAAAGUGCUCGUUUAUCAAGUUCUCAUUCACAUUUUGUGUUCUCAACUCCUCAAAAUUUGUAUGCAUCCUCAGGAACUCAGCUUUCACUACCGCUUAAUGAAAGCAAUUCAAGUCCAACAACAACGGCACCACCGCAAGUUGACGUCUCUGACAUGCUUGAAAGAUAUUCAUCCGUACUUAUUGACUACAUUAUGAAGAAAGUUGAUAACCAAAUGAAAUAA